CUAAAAAGAAGCCGGAAGUGGCCCUGGCACUUCCGGCACAGGAAACUCCUUGCGAUCGCUGCCGCCCGUUUUGACAGGCGCGGUCCCUGCGAAUAGAUUUCUCCUUUCGCCUUCCUCUGGUCUAACCUCCACACUCAUUUGCAGCUGCCGUUCUGAAACUCUUGUCUCCGAAACCGCCCCUUCCCCAUGUUCCGGGGCAGGUGUCCUGAAAGCGAAGACCCUCUUGCCGGUACCCCAUCAUGUCCGAACUGACUAAAGAGCUGGUGGAGCUGGUGUGGGGCACCAAGAGCAGCCCCGGUCUCUCUGACACCAUUUUCUGCCGUUGGACACAAGGGUUUGUGUUUAGUGAAUCAGAGGGAUCUGCAUUAGAACAGUUUGAAGGUGGCCCCUGUGCUGUUAUUGCACCUGUUCAGGCAUUUCUUUUGAAGAAGCUCCUGUUUUCUUCUGAGAAGUCUUCUUGGAGGGAUUGCCCAGAGGAAGAGCGGAAGGAACUCCUUUGUCAUACCUUAUGUGAUAUUUUAGAAAGUGCUUGUGACAGCUCUGGGCCAUACUGCUUGGUUUCAUGGUUGAGAGGAAAGACAACUGAGGAAACUGCUAGUAUUUCUGGGAGUCCUGCAGAGUCUAGUUGCCAAGUGGAACAUUCUUCUGCCUUGGCUGUGGAAGAGCUUGGCUUUGAGCAAUUUCAUUCAUUAAUUCAAAAAAGAUUAUUUAGAAGUUUAUCAGAACUAAAAGAUGCUGUCUUGGACCACUAUUCAAUGUGGGGAGGCAAAUUUGGAGUGUUGCUUUUUCUGUAUUCUGUAUUACUCACAAAGGUUUGUUUAAGAAGAUGCUUCUUCUGGCUUUUAUUAACAAGGCCUGAGAGAAAACUUCUUGGUAUACAUGAACAAGCAGCUGUAGGAUUCUUAACAUUAAUGGAAGCUUUAAGAUACUGUAAGGUUGGUUCUUACUUGAAAUCUCCAAAAUUCCCUAUUUGGAUUGUUGGCAGUGAAACUCACCUCACCGUAUUUUUUGCGAAGGAUAUGGCUUUAGUUGCCCCAGAGGCACCUUCAGAACAAGCCAAGAGAGUUUUUCAAACCUAUGAUCCAGAAGAUAAUGGAUUUAUACCUGAUUCACUUCUAGAAGAUGUGAUGAAAGCGUUGGACCUUGUUUCAGAUCCUGAAUAUAUAAAUCUCAUGAAGAAUAAAUUAGAUCCAGAAGGAUUAGGAAUCAUAUUAUUGGGUCCAUUUCUUCAAGAAUUUUUUCCUGAUCAGGGCUCCAGUGGUCCAGAGUCUUUUACUGUCUACCACUAUAAUGGAUUGAAGCAGUCAAAUUAUAAUGAAAAGGUCAUGUAUGUGGAGGGGACCGCGGUUGUUAUGGGUUUUGAAGAUCCCAUGCUCCAGACGGAUGACACUCCCAUUAAACGCUGUCUCCAAACCAAAUGGCCAUACAUUGAAUUACUCUGGACCACAGAUCGCUCUCCUUCACUAAACUGAUUUGCUUAAGUAUUUAUUAUGAGGAAGAUUGUAGCAGAUGUUGAAAGAGUGAUGCAAGACUGGCGAUUGGCUAAAUUAUGCCAUACACUGGUAUCGUUGAUUAACUGUAAAUAACAAUUAAAAACACAUUUUCAGUAUUUAAGAAAUGUUUAAAUUAUUGUUUAAAGCUUUAUGUUAAAGGUCCCCUAUUUUAUGUGAAAUUUACUAGCAAAAUUAAACUUUAAAGUUUAUCACUUUGCAGCCUGACAAUGGGUCAGUUAUCAGAUUACAAACAUAAUAGUACUAUAGCAUUUGUAAAUUGAGUAUCAAAGUUAUUUAUAAAUUUAUCCUUUGGGAUUUUAUUUCAUUCAGGCACAUUUUAUUGUUUAAACAUUUCUGGCUUCAGCCUCCACACUGAAAUGCAAAAGACUUCAUCUUUGUUAUUUCUCUUCUACAAUCUGGUUUCCAUUAGAACAAAUUACCAACCUGGAUACUUUGACAACUGACUUAGCUCUAGCAUGUUUAUAGAAAGUAGAAACUAUAAGGGAACAUUACAAUUUAUUCACAGAUAGAAGAGGAUGGAUUUUUAAAAAUAAUAGGAAAGAGAAUCUGUCUGAUAGUCUUAACACUGUUAACUUCCACUGUAUUGCCAAAUAUACUUUUCCAAAUUUGUCCCAACAGCCUUCUAAGCCAGCUCUCUUGUGUAUUUAUAAAUGUGAUAAAUGCAUGAGAACAUCUGUUAUUAUAUUAGUAUAUUGCAUUAUUUAUGAUCCUAGUGGAUGGACUGAAUAAACACUUUUUUUUUCUUUUAACAGUAA